CAUGUGCUAUAUACCUGUUCAUUAUAAAAGAGUUAUAGAGGCUUCAGGAGAGUUGAAUAGGCAAGAUGUUUAGAAAACUAAAAGCGUUAUUUUCUAGAGCAAAAUUAUCACCUGAGGAAGCAGAGUGCAAGAAUGAAGGUGUCCCUCCACCACCCAAGGCAUCUACAGGCCAGGGUGAAAAUAAAAAGCCAGAUGAACCACAGAAAGCAGAACCCAUACCAAAGGAACAAGAUGCAGUACCAGCAAAAGAACCUGAGCCUUCAAAAACUGAAAAAUCAACUGAACCACCUAAGGCAAUUCAACAGGAACAACAUCAGCAAAAUGAUGGGAAAGAAGAUGCUAACGUACAGAAGCCAACACCUUCAGGUUUCCAAACAAAUGAGUAUGCUGAUGCCCAACUUCAAGAGAUUGUCAGAAAAAUGCGGGAAAGGGCAACAGUAUACAAGGAAAAGCUGAAAGACCCAGUGCUGUCCUCCCCUGAAGGCAGUCCUACAGCUUCACCAUCAAAGAAGAAGCCUCCACCCCCACCAAAAGAAGAAAAAAAAGAAGAAAAGAAAGAAGAUGCAGAAGCAAAGCCAGAGGAGGAUCAUUACUGCGAUAUGCUGUGCUGCAAAUUCAAAAAACCUCCCCUGAAAAACUACAUGAAGCAUCUGCAGCUACCAGAAAGCAUAGACUCAUACACAGAUCGCCGUUACGUAGCAUGGCUCAUGCUUGUGACAGUCGCCUAUAAUUGGAAUUGCUGGUUUAUUCCCCUUCGCUUUGUGUUCCCAUAUCAAACCCCAAGUAAUACAAUAUAUUGGUUUACCAUGGACAUCCUUUGUGAUAUCUACUACCUGUGUGACUUACUGAUUUUCCAGCCCCGAGUGCAAUUUUUAAGAGGUGGAGACAUAAUAUCAGACAGAGUGGAAAUGAAGAAAUUCUACCACAGCUCUAUGAAGUUUCGGCUCGAUGUGGUAUCAGUAUUGCCGUUUGACAUUUUAUACUUCUUCUUUGGAUUUAACCCAGCAUUUAGAGCAAAUAGGAUGCUAAAGCAUAACACAUUCUUUGAGUUUAAUGAUCGUUUGGAAGCUAUUCUGGACAAAGCAUACAUCUACAGGGUCAUUCGAACAACUGGAUACUUGCUGUUUAUCUUGCACAUUAAUGCAUGCCUGUAUUAUUGGGCUUCAGACUAUGAAGGACUUGGCAGCACUAGAUGGGUGUACGAUGGCAAAGGAAACAUGUAUCUGAGGUGUUACUACUGGGCAGUUCGUACUUUAAUCACCAUCGGUGGCCUUCCAGAACCACAAACUCUGUUUGAAAUAGUUUUUCAACUGCUGAAUUUUUUCUUGGGUGUCUUUGUCUUCUCCAGCUUAAUUGGUCAGAUGAGAGAUGUAAUUGGAGCAGCCACAGCAGGACAGAACUACUACCGUUCCUGUAUGGACAACACUGUCUCCUAUAUGAACACUUAUUCUAUUCCAAGAGUGGUCCAAAAUCGUGUUCGAACCUGGUAUGAAUACACAUGGGACUCUCAGGGAAUGCUGGAUGAAUCAGAAUUACUGGAGCAGAUGCCAACCAAAAUGCAAUUAGCCAUUGCAAUUGAUGUGAACUUUGCCAUUGUCAAUAAAGUUGACUUAUUCAAAGGGUGCGAUACCCAGAUGAUAUAUGACAUGCUGCUAAGGUUGAAAUCCAUUGUGUAUUUACCUGGUGACUUUGUCUGCAAAAAGGGAGAGAUUGGCAGAGAGAUGUACAUCAUCAAACAGGGUGAAGUUCAAGUCCUCGGUGGCCCUGAUGGUACAAAAGUCCUGGUUACCCUAAGAGCAGGAGCUGUAUUUGGGGAGAUCAGCCUAUUAGCUGCAGGUGGAGGAAAUCGAAGGACUGCUGAUGUGGUGGCUCAUGGUUUUGCCAACCUUUUCAUUCUGGACAAGAAAACACUCAAUGAAAUCUUGGUGCACUAUCCUGACUCUGAAAAACUUCUUAUGAAGAAAGCAAAGGUGCUACUGAAGACAAAGGGGAAACCUGCUCCAGGACCACCAGUGCAACAACCACGGGGCUUGGCCAGUCUCUUUGGGCACAAACAGGAAACUCCAAAGUUGUUUAAAGCGAUGCUUGGAGGACAAGGAAAAGAAGGCCUUACCAGGCUGCUGCAGCUGAAGAGACAACAAGACAUUCAGGAAACUCAGGCUGAAGCAGAGGAUAAGCCUGAACGAGAAGAGAAGAAACCCGUGGAGCCUGCAGCCUCAUCUGCACCUCCUGCACAAAAGGAAGAGCCAAAUGGAGGCGCUAAGCCUAAACCUGCUGUUUUGCACAGGGGAACCACUAAUGAGUCUCUGAUCAUUAGUAUGUCUCCAUCCCCCAGAGCAGGAGAAGGAGAGAUCCUUAAAGUUGAGGUUAAAGAGAAAAACAAGAAAUAGAUGGUGCUUUGGGCUGUGGCCCCAUCUAUUGUCUUGCUGAAUCCAGAGGGCUAGCGCGACUUUGCUUUUGAGUACAGAAUAUAAUAGUAGAGACUACUAAAGAGAAAAAUCUACCCCAGUUCUUCUUCUCUCCUUCCUCCCCUGACACAACUGGACAAAUUAUUUAUAUACUUACCUCUUAACCUUG